AGAAGAACACACUUUGGAUUUAUUAAUUCUGUAAACUCGACUGGAUUUUAUUUGUUUAUUAUUAUGACUCUCGGGGAGAUUUGGAGCUGCAGCUGCUCUGACAAACAGACAGAAGGUGUGGCUGAUGCUCUGUUGGAGUUGCUCUCAGCGGCGAGGCGUCAGGAAUGUGUCACACUCGGAGUUUACGAAGCUGCACAACUGCUGAAUGUGGAUCCAGACAGUGUGGUUCUGUGUGUUCUAGCAGCUGAUGAGGAACACGAGCAUGACGUCGCUCUGCAGAUCCACUUCACGCUCCUGCAAGCGUUCUGUCGCGAGAUCCACAUCGACGUACUGCGUGUCAGCGGAAUGAGACGUCUGGCCGAGACGCUGGGAGAACCACCCACCUCUGAAGGCCAUGCCCAUGAGCCCAAAGACUUACACUGCGUCCUGGUUACGAACCCGCAGGUUGAACACAGGAAAUUGAGUGAAGUGGGUCGGUUUUGCCGAGAGAACCUCUGCAGGAACCAGUGGCUUCCUCACCUCAGCCUUCACGAGCGCUGAGGAGCGACUGAACACCGAACACGAGGAAUUAACGCCACGCUGAAGACGUCAGAUCUGGAGAGUGUGUAAGGACGGAACAAUCUGCACACGAGCACUGUGGACGACGGAAAAACAUUUGUGUGAUAUUAUUUUGCCCUCUAGGAGGCGCUGCGACUGCUACAGAAAAACAGUGCGUACUUUACCAUUUUGUAUAAAAAAAGCACGGGUUUGUUCGGGUGUUUACGGUGGUCAUGCUACUCCUCUAUUUACCGUAAUGCCACGUGCUAACCGAAAUUAGCAUUAUAGCUUAUAAGUAGCAAACAGAGAAAAAAAUCAACGACUGCUUAUAAAUUAAAUGAUGAGGUUUGUACACUAAAGUACGGCAACACUUCUGGGACAAAGACUAAACUCUAAACUACUGCAACAGACGUGCCGGAGAAUUAAGUUUCAGCUACGUUAACAUCUAUAUCAAUGCUGCGUUACAGAAUCAACUUUUUUCUCAUCGCAGAGAUUUUAUUUUCGGUCAUAUUGACCAUCACACUGUAAAAUAUUUUUCUUAUUUAUAAACAUGCUAACGAUUAUGCUGAAUGUUAAAUAAAUGUUUAAAGGUAUGAAACAAA